AUGAAAAGUAGAUUUAAUGUUAACCAAACUAUAACAAGCAGAGAUAAAAAAGUCAUGGGAUAUAUUUUCAUAGGUAAGUCUCUAGUUAUGAAAUAUUUUAGUUUGAUAGGAAUAUUAACAUUUAUUCAUUUUUCUUGUCCUUCAGAUACAUUUAAAGAUAUUUAA